GAACGGCGACGCCGGCUGAGAUUCCGUCAUCGACCCCGACGGUGAGGACGACACGCGCUCUCUGAGCUCUUUAUUGCACUUCAUCGUCCUUCUCGACACUCGACACUCGACAGUACAGCAACCCAUCGAGGACGACUUGGAACAGACAACGAUCGCAGCCAUGGACGGCCUGCUGGGCGCCCCCAAGUUUCCCCACACGAGGGCCGAGCUGGCCGCCAUCGCGCGCCAGUACAAGCCGCUCGACUUUGGCGACGACCCGGACGCGGAGGAUUACCGAAACCUGGCGCCGGGCCUGCUCCGCCGCGUCGUCUCGUUGCUCGACGCCGAGGACGAGGACGAGCUGAAGGCGCUGCUGCGCGAGACGUACGGCAUGGACGAGGGCGAGGCGGAAGAGCACGUCCUGAACCUGAUGCACAGGCACCGCGACGACGCCGCGGGCGUGCCCUUCCUCUUCUUCGCCACCGCGAACCGCACCCGCCCGCUCUCUCGCCCGUCCUCCCGCGCGUCCAACCACUCGACCGUCUCCGCCCGCCUCGCGCCCACCGGCGGUCGGCCGGAGACGCCGUUGAUAGCCUACUCGGCCUCCGCGCCGAGCUCGCCCCUCGCGCUCGUCUUUCGCCGGCCUCACACCCCCGCCACCUCCCCGCUCGCGCACACCACGGGCCAGAGCGGCGGCGGCACCAACAACAACAGCAACAACAGUAAUAACAGCAGCAACAGCAACAGCAACAACAACAACAAUUCGUACAUGACCGCGAACCCGGGCGGCGUCAGCGACUCGCCCUCGUCGUCGCCCACGCUCGCCUACGCCCUCCCCGCGCACGCGCACGCCCAGUUCGCGGCGAGCCUCCCCGCGUCGCCGCUCUCGUCCCCGCGCCUGCUGAGCGCGAAGGCGAGCGAGUUCCGGCCCGUAGGCGCGCACCCGCUCACGCGCACGCACUCGAACCCGGGCUCGCUCGCCGCGCUCCGCGCGCAGACGCCGUCGCCCGACCUCUGGGCGCACACCGCGGGCGCGGCCAGCCUCGCGAUCGCGCGCCCGCUCGUGCCCGACGGGCUCGUGCGCGCGUCGACGCCGAGCUCGGGCUUAAGGUCGAGCGUGCGCCUUGGCCCGCCGGACGUGGACGAGGAGGACGACCCGUUCGACCCGUUCGCGGGCGGGAAGACGCGCGGGCCGCUCGUGUUCGGGAAUGGGGGGACGGGGACGGAGGCGGAGUGGUCGCGGUCGGGCUCGAGCCACUCGGGCUCGUCGCUCGGCGGCGCGGAGGGCGAGCGCGGGCUGCUCAGCUUUGGAAGCCCGGAGCGGGUGGACGCGAUCGCGGCGGUGGUCGAGGGAGAUGCGGACGGGUACGGGCGGGGGUACGACUACGGGCGGGAGUAUUCGGACGUUUACGGGAGCGCGGGCGGGGAGGGCGCGGGCGGGGAGGAGCUGAAUCUGGACGAGAGCGAGGCGCAGGCGGUGUUGACGGGCGGGAUGACGCCGUUCGACGUGCUGUCGUCGGUGUUCGGGACGACGCUCGCGCCGAGCGAGCUCGAGGAGGCGCUGGCGAACCACAAUUACGAGUUCGAGAAGGCGAUGGCGUGGCUGAUCGAGCGCGCGUUGCCGGCGAAGCAGCCGCCGGCGUCGGUGGCGAGCGCGGGGAGGGGGGGGAUCGUGGUGGGCAGGGACGGGAUGAGGGGAGGAGGGAGGGCGGACGCGAGAGGAGGGGCUGGGCCGCGGUACGGAGGGCGAAUGGCGGCGGGCGGGAACAGGGUCUGCAGGUACUUCCUCGCGGGCGAGUGCCUCAGGGCCGAUUGUCGCUUCAGUCAUGACCUGGAACGCGCGAUGUGCCGCUUCUGGUUGCGCGGGACGUGCGCGAAGGGCGAAAACUGCGAGUUUUUGCACCACCUCCCGCCCGAAGUGGACGUCUCGCGGCUCGCGACGGCCAUGUCGCAUGCGGACCUGGGCGCGCGCCCUUUGGCGGCGGCGGCGGUACGACCGGGUUCUUCGCCGCCCGCGGACGACUUCCCCGCGCUCGGCGCCGGCGGCGGGGCGCCGCACCCGGGCGGCGGCAACGGGGGAGGAGGAGGGCACAACAAGUACGACCCGUGGCGGACGCGGUUCGCGGCGGCGGUGAAGCGGGCGGCGCCGGGUGCGGGGAUGCACCGCGCGACGCCGAGCCAGGAGAAGGCGACGCUGGCGGCGCGGAGGCAGGCGAUGGGCGCGAGCGCGGACCCGCUGCACCACCACACGGCGAUCGUCGCGCCGCGGCCGUCGCCGCGCGUGCGGCUGCGCCCGCCGCGGCUGCUGCCGACGCUGCCGACGGGCGAGGCGGUGAACGGGAUGUAUAUGGAUUAUCGGAGGCGCGCGCUGCAGCUGGGGGCGGCGAGGAACGCGUGUUUGAGCCGCGCGGCGGACGCGUGGAGGAGGGGGGACGGGGCGGCGGCGAAGAGGUUUUCGAGGGAGGGGCACGAGCUGAAUGCGAAGAUGGGGAGGGAGAUGGAGGAGGCGGCGAGGAGGUUGGUGAGGGAGAGGGCGAAGGUGGCGGAGGGCGCGGUGCGGAUGAGGGAUGCGGGGUGGAGCGAUGAUCCGGCGGACCGGGCGGAGAGGGGGAAGAGGUGCGGGGGCGGGCUGGGCGUCGUUUUGGGCGUUGUGGGGAACAGGGAAGAGGGCAACAAGUUGAGCCCGGAGGAAAGGACGGAGGCGAUGUUGGAUCUGCAUGGGCUGCAUUCGAACGAGGCGACAGAGGUUUUGGAGGAUUUCCUGGCUUCGCUCGAGAAGGAGCAUUUUUAUGGACUCGCAUACCUCGUGGUCGGCGAGGAGAAACAUACCGGAACGCAAGACGCCGCGAGAGGUGCUUCGCGUGCGCGCUUGGCGGCGGGCGUGCGCGAGUGGCUGCACCGCUGGGGCUACCCCUGGAGCGAGACGCAAGGCGUGAUCUGCGUCGAUCCUCUUACGCACGAAUAAAUAGACCAAGAAGAAGACCGGCAAGGCCAACCCCAUCACGCGAAUCGGAUCGGCGUCGCGAGCGGUGUGGCCUGUUGAUCUCUGGCAGGAAGAAUCAAGAUGAUGUUGUGUGUGUGUACGAUUAAAUUUUCAGGGAUGGGCCCUCGGCUUCUGUGCUUUCUCUCUCCCCCCCGGUUUGCGCGGUGGGAGGAACGAUUUGGAUGGAUCGAACACCCGUCCGCGAAAGACGUGGAACUCGGGUUUGAAAUGUAACAACAUGUAGAUAGUAUAGUGUGUGUCGAAUAUCGAAUAACCU